AUGGAGGAUAUUUUAGAUGGAUGUCGUUUGAAAUGGAAUACAACUUAUCACAUGAAUGGACAUUCCGCACUGCUACACUUCAAUGAAACUUGGAUCGAAACUUUAGGCUAUUGCGUUGCCAGCUCUUCGAAUCACCAAAAUUACAUUUUUCGGUUCGAACUAAGAAAAGAAAGAGUAAUAACACUGAAUAUUAAGGGUGAAUGCAUUAAGCAAUAUGAAAAUAGUCGCGAUGAUAUCGAAAAUAUCUGCAGACCUGCAUUCCGUGGCGAUGCAUCGAUGAAGACGCCACCUUUCAAUUUCACCUAUACAACCCAAGAUGGAUCAUGCACAUCGAGAGUUUCAUCCCUAACCGCUUGUCCAGAAUAUGGAAAAUACCGCUUUGGGUACGAAGCCUGUCCGGAAUUGCCAAAUUAUGAAAGCCACGGCAAUAGACGAGUUGGAAUGCAUAGCACAUUGGAAUUCGUUCGGGGUGGAAUUCUUCGCUGUUCGCAUAACUAA